AUGGCCAACUCAUUGUGGAUAACUGGCUUUGCAUUUCUCAUUAUAGAAAUCUUCGCUGGAAUGAUAGCAAAUGGAUCUAUUGUCCUCAUCAACAGCAUUGACUGGUUCAGAAGGAAGAAACUAUCCUUGAUCGACCUGAUCCUGAUUUGUCUUGGCUUCUCCAGACUCAUGGGUGAGACAACAGUAAUACUGCAUAUAAUCAUGAAUUCUUUUUUUCUGCACAUCUAUGUAUUGAGUAAUGUACAUGUAAUGUGUUUCACCAUGUGGCUCUUUACACACAAUGCAGCCCUUUGGUUGGCCGCCUGGCUCAGCAUUUUGUACUUUAUAAAGAUCGCCACCUUCUCCAACCUUGUUUUCCUCCAACUGAAGCAGAAAUUCACAGGGCUGGCCCCAUGGCUCCUUCUCAUCUCUGUGGUCUUCUCAUCUUUUAUGAUUAUUAUUGUUAUUACAGAAUUCAACAUUGGCAGAUACUUUUGUGCUCUCUAUAAAUCAUAUUUAAACAACAGCUGUGAUUCAGAAACUGAAACGGUUCCAUCGCCUAGGUACCUUGGCAUUGCAGUUACUGUUCCAAAUUUCAUUCCUUUUGUGAUAUUUAUAUCAUCCGUGAUUUUGUUAAUAAUCUCUCUGUGGAAGCACAUAAGACAUUUGCGACACAAUGGAAUUGAAGUCGGGGAUCUCAACACCAAUGUGCAUUUGACUGCCAUCAAGGCUCUAGCUUCCUUUGCUGUGAUGUUCCUGUUCAGUUUUGUAGCAAUCACUUUUCAAACAAUGCUGUCUUGGAGCAGCAAUGAUCCCUUUCAGGGAUCUUUGGUUUUUUACCUUGUGUAUUCUAUGUAUCCCCCAGUGCAUGGUGUUAUCCUGAUAUUAAUUAAUCGCAAACUGAAACAGGCAUGGGUCAGCAUAAUGCAACACUUAAAACGCCUGUUGAGCAAAACACCUUCCUAA